UUUCGAUUCUUAUUCGAAUAUCCAAAAAUCCAUCCAUCCAGAAAUGUUCAUAAAAUUUUUAAUUUUUGUGUUUUACACUUUAGAAGUGUUUGCUGACAAUGGAACUCUGCUGUCUCUCGAUGGACACGAACAUGAAUGUUAUCGAGAAUGUAAACAUGGUGAAAGCAAAGUAUGUGUUUACAAUUUCAUAGUAUCUACCUACAGUACAAUGUCAACGGAUUGUGGAAACUGUCCCUUUAAUCAAAGUGAUUGUGAAAAUCCACUUUGUGUAACGGCUAGUGGUAAACAACGAGUAAUAACCACAGCAAAUUAUAAAAUACCUGGACCUGCAGUUUUGGUUUGUCUGAACGAUACAAUAAUCGUUAAUCUCCAUAACAAAUUGGAAACCGAUAGUACAUCUAUACAUUUUCAUGGUGAACAUCAGCAUGGAACUCCAUGGAUGGAUGGAGUACCAUUUGUAACACAAUGUCCUGUUUUACCUGGCGAAAUAUUCCAAUAUAAAUUUAUUGCUCGCACUGGUGGUACACAUAUGUGGCAUGGCCAUACAGGCUUCCAUGAAUCUGAUGGUUUAUUUGGACAAUUUGUUGUAAGAACUCCAGAAGAUUUUAAUAAUCUUGAAUACGAUUAUGAUUUAGCGGAACAUACAAUGAUAUUAUGGCAUUGGUCUGACCGUCCCCUAGGAGAAAUAUGUGCAUUGCAGGAUUUUUCAGGGGCUGCAUUAUCACCGUACGAUAUUAUAAUUAACGGGAAGUCAGGAAAGGAAGUUUAUACUAAAGACGGUAAAAACUAUACAACACCAUUAGCUGUUUUCGAAGUGACAAAGGGUAACCGCUAUAGAUUCCGUGUGAUGAAAAACAGUCAUUUGUACUGUCCAGUUCAAAUUUCCAUUGAUAAUCAUAAUCUUACAAUGAUUGCAAGCGAUAGCGGGGAAUUUAAUCCUAUUGAAGUUGAAUCUUUUAUUAUAAAUGCUGGAGAACGAUACGACUUUGUGUUAAAUGCAAAUGCCCCAAUUGGAACCUAUUGGAUACGGGUACGUGGUGUAGGUUCCGCUUGUUCUUCUGCAAAAAUACAUCAACAAGCUAUUUUGAAGUACAAAGAAAGUACAGAGGUACUAAGAAAGGGUUUGGUCAAGUAUGAUGAAGCUGAUAGAUCCGGAAAACUUUUGAAUCCUGUGAGUUUAGCUUUGACAUCUUAUACUGAAAAUGAUGUGAUUCUAGUUUCAGAACUUGAAAGUUCUAAGCCAACUCGAAAUAUUAGUGGAACACCUGAUACAACUAUUUAUUUUGAAUUGAAACUGAAUUCAUUUAAGUCCCAACGCUCAAGCUAUGUUCAAAUUAAUCAUUUAACUUUUUCCAAUCCUAAAUCACCGCCGGUAUCACAAUGGAACGAUACUAAUAUUGGUUGUGAUUCAAAACUAAAACAUUAUAAUUGCAUUGAUGAGCUUUGUACAUGCCCCUACACAGAAUCAAUUAAAAAAGGCGAUUUAGUAGAAUUUGUUUUGGUUGCAUUAGAUCUAUUCCCAAUUGGUGAUCAUCCAUUUCAUUUGCACGGUAAUAGUUUUCAAGUAGUUGCAAUGAAAACUAUCGGAGAAAAUAUAUCCGUGGAAAAUAUUCGAAGAGAAAAUUUAGCAGGACAAAUUCCAAAAAAGCUUGACAGAGUACCAUACAAAGAUACUAUUUCAGUUCCAAGUCAAGGUUUUGUUAUUUUGCGAUUUGUCGCCAAUAAUCCAGGUUAUUGGUUCUUCCAUUGUCAUAUAACGGUACACGCUACAAAAGGUAUGGCCGUAAUAAUAAAAGUUGGUGAGAACGGUGAAGAUAUACCAGCAGCACCCCAAGAUAUACCCAAAUGUGGAGAUUUUCCAAGUUUUUCACAGUAUUAUUAAAAAUCAGUAUUUGUAUGUUCUUAAUUUUUUAUA